AUGCUGCCCCCGUCAAACCCUUUAGCCCCAAGGCUACUCACUUCCCUCGUCCUCCUCAUCGGGGCUCUCACAACCUUCACCUCGGCCAACGUGGAGAAGGCCAUAUUCCUCGGCCCUGCCACCGUCAACAUCCCGCUCCAGAAGCCCACGCUCUCCGACCUCAAUCUCCACACCCUCACGCCCGAGACCGCGGGCAACACCAUCCGCACUCGCCUGGCCCGCCAAUUCCCCCAGGAGGGCGUCGACCCCCCUGCUACCUGGCUUCUCCUUGACACACUCACAGAGGGGCAGAGAUACGAGCUCCGUGUCUGCUGGGCUGCUCUUGAACCAACAAAUUUUGCUCUGGAUGUCUUUGAGCUCAACACAGUCUGGGACACGCCGGAACUCAUCCAGUCCCUCGCUGAAUAUGCCACCUCCCGCCAGGAUGAUGAUGAAGCCGACCCAAAGCCACGGGUCUACCGCCCCGCCCAGGACGACAACGCAGGAGAGAGGCAGUCGUCCGUCCUCCUCCUACGGAUCCACGCCACGGCGGACUACUUCACACAUGACCAGGAGCUCAUGAGGAACCCUCCCCCAGUCUUGGUCGACCUCACCCUGGACCCGUUUCUAUACAACCUUCUCCCCCGUUCACUACUUCCAACGCUGGGGUACAUCGUCUGCUUCUCCAUGAUCACUUGGUUUGUUGCCAGAUGGGUCGCUACUUCUCUGCGAUCCUUUGCCGGUGAUGCCCCUGCCGCUCAGAAAAAGGUGCAGUAA